CCUUGCGUACGGCAGCGUGGUCAGCUCAGUUCGUGUCACGAUUCUAGCGUAGCCACAACAAUGUCGCUGCAUGUCGCGCGCGCCAAAUAACUUUGCCAAUUAUCGAUUUUCACUUAAUAAUUUUGACUGGUGGCCAUUAAAAAUCACCAACAAACCACCGUCCGAACUCUAUGGCUCUAUGGGCGACCAUUUCGACUUUCAGUGGUUUAGCGCACACUUAAAUAGCGAAAUUCAUUUUGUGCCGUUGCAAUCUCAAAAAAGUAGCAUAGAAAGUGUUUUUGAAAUUUUAGAAAGAAUAGAGACAGUGUUGGCCACACACAUUGUUCUUCUAUGAGUAUGCUGGGUUUCGUGUAUCUCUUCUUGAUACUCGGCUGGAUACUGAUUGUGUUGUUUCUCAAGUGCAAAAAGUCGAUCACACCACAUCUCGCCUUCACCGAGCACUACACGGACGCAAUAGCGGCGGGUCGUCGUCCCUCGGUGCACAUCAUAGAAUUGCCACCGGACGAAAUGGAUAACGAAGAACAGUAUUUGGACUCAUAUCAUCAGCAGAGUAACAGCUUGCGCAGGCAUUCGAAUCGCUCGCAACGCUCGGCACUGCCCGACGAGCGCACCAUAGAAACCACAUAUCCCACAGAUGCGGUUGUGAAUCCGGCGUAUAUGCACGACGAGGAGUACAUCAUCAAUGCGCCACCGCCUUCGUAUGAGGAAGUUAUGCGCCAACCGGAGGUGUAUCCCAAAGUACACCAAAGCGCGAGCAAAGUGAGCGACGCGAAUAUUUAAGCGCCACCCGUCCGCCGCGCUGCUCUCUCCUCCGUUUUCGCUUUCACUGGCGGGACAAAGUGUUCAACCGACAAACUUGUGGGCUGCCUCUGAGUGUGGUGCGAAUCUGGAACGAGUGGUUCAUGUGCCUGCAUAUACAUCGUAUAAUAUGUACAUACACAUACGUACACAUGCCUGUACAUAGAACUUUCAGCUGUGAUUUUAUACUUAAUAUAAUACAAGUUUAAUUUUUAUAAAUGUCAAACGUGGUUUAAAUACAUACAUAUAUAUAUAUAUAAUAAAUGGUUACGAAGUCUUUAUUGUCCCUCUAAGAGCCACUUUA